AUGGAUGUCAAUGCCAAGCUCUCCAAUAAAAACGGCGAUAUUCUUUCUGACCCCACUCCAUACCGUCGUAUAGUUGGACGCCUCACCUAUCUCACCAUUACUAGGCCCGAGAUUGUGUACUCGGUUCAGACACUUAGCCAGUUCAUGAGUCAACCACGUCGGCCCCACUGGGAUGCUGCCCUUCGCAUCCUUCGCUAUCUCAAAGGCACACCAGGACAAGGUUUGUUCACGUCUUCUUCCAGCUCUUUCACCUUGAAAGGGUAUUGUGACUCUAAUUGGGCCAGUUGUCCUAUGACACGCCGUUCCUUAACAGGCUAUUGUCCCUUUCUUGGUGACUCUCCAUUAUCCUGGAAAUCAAAGAAACAAUCUACUGUAUCUCGUUUGUCAGCCGAAGCCGAAUAUCACUCUAUGGCCACUGUAACUUGUGAGCUCACUUAG